GACGAUUACACCUUGAAUUUGCCGAAAUCGUCCUCAGCAACAGCGUAUACCUCAAGACCGUCAAGAUCAUGGUGCGAAGCAACCUCCGUUACGGGCUCAACAAGGGCCACCCUACCACUCCUAUCGCCCAGGUGCCGCGUCCCAGUCACCGCAAGGGUAUCCAAUCGACCAAGACCAAGUUUGUGCGGUCUGUUGUUCGGGAGGUUGCUGGAUUCUCGCCGUAUGAGCGACGAGUUAUGGAGUUGUUGCGAAACUCGAAGGAUAAAAAAGCAAGAAAGCUAACAAAGAAGCGGCUGGGGACGCUUCUGCGAUCGAAACGCAAGCUGGAGGAGUUGAGCAGCAUUAUCCAGGAGAGCAGACGGGCGCACUAAAAAGAUGUGGCUGGCAUCUAUAUGCAUUGGGAUUUCCGGGUCGAUGGAGAAUCGAAAGGAGCCUAUACAAUUGACCAUGCUAUAUGCCCCUUAUUGUAACGUUUCAUGCAUUGAAGACUAACACCAUGUUACGAUAUUCCGCGAUGGAGUGAGAGCUUCGGCACCGUCAGAUGUGGAUGGGGUGCAUCAUGUGGAUAUGUCUGAAUGGAGAGCUGGACAGA